GACUUUAUCACCUCUCAAUAUCCCAAAACUCUCUUUCUGUCACCAAUCACUCUGACAUUCUCUUCUCUCCUUUGCACCUUUGCUCCAUUUCUUCCUCUUCCCUUCCACAAUGUCCACCUCCUAUACCUUCAAAACAGAAGAAACCAACUCUACUCAGGCAGGUUUCAUUAGAACCCAAUCCAAAACACCUUCAUCCCAGUCUAAUGAAAGAAGAGGUAGAAGAAAGCAAGCAGAACCAGGGAGGUUCCUUGGCGUGAGGCGCCGCCCUUGGGGCAGAUAUGCUGCUGAAAUCAGAGACCCUACAACCAAGGAAAGGCACUGGCUUGGGACAUUUGAUACUGCUUAUGAAGCAGCUCUUGCUUAUGACAAAGCUGCUCUCUCCAUGAAGGGAACCCAAGCAAGAACCAACUUCAUCUACUCUCAUAAUACAUCCUUUCACUCUCUCCUUACACCUUUUGAUGCUCAAGCCUUCCUACAACCUCCACAGCUCCUUGGCAAUGCCAAUACAAGCAUCCCUCAGGUCCAUGUCCAAUCAGUCCAGGACAUUUGUAGCACUCAAGCUUCCAGUGAGUCAGCCUCCAUUAAUGAUAACUUCCUUUUCUCUUCUGAUUUUCAAUCUGGCUACCUAGAGAGUAUCCUUCCUGAUAAUUACUUGAAAACUGCUACAAAGCCCACAAAUUUAGAGUCUGAAUGCUCUCCCCACUUGGUGACUUCUUCGCAUCGGAUCCCACCAUCCAUGGGGUAUCAGACCACGGAUCAAUGUUCCAUGAAUUGCUCCGAGACACAGAAUGUGAUCAUGGUUCCUUCUUCUACGGAAGGUCAACCUCAUAGCAACAACAAUGCAGAUUCAGUGGAUAACUUGAAUGGAUCAGCAAAGGAUUUGAGUUUGAUCUCCAAUAAUUUUCCUUUCUUGGAUGAGCUUAAUAAUGGCUUUUGGAGCUAUGAGCAGUCAUGGGAGCUUACUGCUGCAAUGGAGGGGAACCCUUUAAUGGUGGAAGAUGAGUGUCUUGGAGCUUUCUACCCCUACAUUGACCUUCCCGGGUACUGUCCACCACUUCCCUCUUGUAGUGAUGUAAUAGACUUGGGUUACUCUUUAUUUUAAGUGACUGUUUGUGGAUUUUCUUGAAGUAAGCAUUUUAGCAGUUUUUUUUUUUCCUCCCAUUUUCCUGUAAUCUGCUACUGUUCUUAAUUGCAAUUACACUGUAGAGAUGAGUGUAGUAAGCUCCAGAAUCACAAAAGAAUGUUCUUACUUCUUUAGACUUGCUUGGUACCAGAGACUGCAAUGAAUCAAAGUGUCCUUUUCUUGGCUUCUUUGGUAUGUUAGGUGGGUGAAGUAGAGACCUUUUCAGAACCCAAGUCUCAAUGAGUCAUUAAAAUGCAGGAAGAAGAAAAAAAGCAACACAUGUUUAUACCCUCUCUAAUCUAUCUUUCUCCUCUUCUCAUGAAAUGACCUCUCUGCAUGGCUUAGGUUAAAAGUACAUCAUAUCAUGCAUGCUGUGGUAUGGUUACUGUUGGCUCAACCAUCUUUUACUAAACAAAAAGAUGAUUCAACCAUCCAAGCUGGGUGGAUCUGAUAACUAUGGCUCAGUGAAUGAUGAAAAGAAGACCAAAGGAGAAGAGUUGAUGAUAACCCAGUAGGGCCUGCUAUGUUUGGUUUUAUGGAAUUCAAGGAGCUG